UCCAUGCUGCCUCUCUUUCUGAUCCUGCUAACCACAAUGGCCAGUCUCGUAUGAGGGAGCUGCCUCUCACAGACGCGCCUCACAUCAGCAGCAGCUGCGGCAGCACCGCGACCACCGCGGCAUUAUUCACCGAGGCGGGGACGCAACCCUAAAGGAAUAUGAAACACUUCUGAGACAAAGGUCAAUGUGGUUACUAAAGUGGCUCUCUGGGCUAGAUGUCAGUCGUCGUGGAUUCCUGUGGCCUGUCUCUAUAGCAACCCAUUCCUCUUCCUGAACGCCGCUGCCAACUUACCCUCUCUGCCACACGACAAGUCUCUCCUCAUCCCCCUGCCCAAUCGCUGGCUCUCAACUCCACUGGAAUGGACACCGAGUCGACCCACUCUGGCUACUCCUAUCACUCCAGUCGCUCUGGGAGAUCAAACAGACAUGGAGAUCGAAGUCGAGAGCGACACAAAGCCAGCAGCAGCAAAGACAGCAGUCGCUCCGAGAGGUCUGUCGUCAUCAACCCCCCUGACACGCCGUCCCAGGACUCGCCCGUCCACAACGGAGAGCCGCUGCCGGGAGAACCCUCUCCGGGAGCGGAGCAGGGAGACGACACCCAGGAUGAUAACUGGGGAGAAACCACCACCGCUGUGACAGGCACCUCAGAGCUCAGCAUCUCCCAGGAGGAGGUGGUUGGCCUGGGGAAGGAGAUCCAGGACCGGACCCAGGGCUUCCGCCGCUACCUCCCCCUGGCCGUGGGCUCGUGCGUGGGGCUUCUGGUCGUUGCCACGCCGCUGGUCUUCCUGCUGCUCCCGGCGGUGAUGUGGCCCGACCGGCUGCAAGCUUGCGGCUCCGCCUGUGAGGGCCUCUUCCUGUCCAUCUCCUUCAAGCUCCUCAUUCUCCUGGUGGCUAUUUGGGCCUUGUUCCUGCGGCCGGGCCGGGCCUCCCUGCCGAGGAUGUGCGUGUAUCGUGCCUUCCUCACCACGCUCACACUCCUUCUCACCAUGUCUUAUUGGCUCUUCUAUGGGGUCCGGAUCCUCGAUGCGCAGGAUGAAGACUACCACGGCAUCGUCCAGUUUGCCGUGUCCCUCGUGGACUCCCAGCUGUUUGUCCACUACCUGGCGGUGGUGCUGCUGGAGCUGCGUCACCUCCAGCCCUGCUACAGCGUGUGCGUCAUCCGCUCCACGGACGGAGAGACGCGUCACUACAACAUAGGGCAGCUCAGCAUCCAAAGGGCUGCUCUGUCCAUUUUGGAGUUUUACUACAGAGAUUUUCCGCUCCAUAACCCGGCCCUCCUCUCUGCCGCUAAGCACCGGGCCGCCAAACACCUGGCUGGAUUAAAGGUUUACAACGUGGAUGCUUUUAAAAACAAACUGAGAGCGUAUCUUUUGGACACCCCAGGAAGCACGGCGGGGGCUCAGCCUGGUAAUGGGAAUCAGUCACGGGCUAUGGUUACAGCUGCCGCCAAACGCAAAGACAGCGCACACAAUGAGCUGUACUACGAAGAGGCCGACUACGAGAGGAGAGUACGCAAACGUAGAGCCAGGCUGGUGGUGGCUGUGGAGGAGGCCUUCACACACGUCCGCCGCAUGAAGAAAGAGGACGAGCGCGCGACGCCGUCUGACAUCAUGGAUGUGCGCGAGGCAGCUCUGGCCAUAUUUCCCUCGAUGGCUCGCUCCCUGCAGAAGUACCUCCGCACCACCAGGAGGCAGCACUGCCACAGCAUGGAGAGCAUCCAGAAGCACCUGGCUUUCUGCCUGGUCAAUAACAUGAGCCCUAAGGCCUUCCUCGAGGCCUAUCUGGCCCCUGGUCCGACCCUGCAGUACGGCCCCGAGCGCUGGAUGGCUGACCAGUGGACUCUGGUCAGCGAGGCCUCCGUCACCAGCGGCAUCAAGGAGGGGACAGAGUUCCUGCUGAAGUGUCUCGACUUCAGCUUAGCCAUCACCGUCAAGGGCAUCCCUUACAUCCGACUGACUGAAGAAUACAUCGACCCCAAGUCGCACAAGUUUAUACUGCUGCUCCAGUCAGAGACCUCGGUUUAACAGCAGCGCGGCAGACCGGUGCUGCUUCUCCGGACUCACAGGACUGCUAUCCUACUGACUUUUUCGAAAAACAAACUUUUUGUACUGUUUUUUGUACUUAUGUUUUUUUUUUUAGUCUUAGAAUAUUUGUGUUUUUUGUCUUUGUCCCGGGAGAAAGAUCUAAAAAAAAAAAAAGACAGUAAAUGAGGGGGAUAUCUCUGUCCUGACAUCUGCAGAACACAGUUCAGCUAUUCCUCUAUGCACUACAGGUGACCGUCACAAAUCUUCCUUCAUUUGCAUGUGCCAGUGUGUGCCUGCACAGGAGAGCGUCGAGGAUUGUGUGAAGUUAGAAUGAGCGAUUUGAACUGUGCACUUGGGUCCGUCUUGACUCGUCUCCUCCACUGUAGUGACAUUUGAUAUAAACUUUUCACUAGAACUUAGCAAUUAUUAUUUAAUUGUCCUGUAUUACAGAUGUAUGUACAGUAUUUAUAUGUUAAUAUACUUUAUCCCGACACACUUUUUAUACCAAAAUUCAUGCAUUGCUUGAAUGAUUUUUUUUGUUUUGUUUUUUUUUUUAUCUUGUCCGAUUGCGCUGUAUUUGUUGAAAGAACUGGACUGUAAGUACCUGAAGACGCAUUUGUAAAUGUCAGACAGAUUAGGGUGGAGUCUCUGGAGAUAGGAGUCUCUUGGACUGAACGCCAACAACAGUACAAUUGAAUCCAGGCAGGUUAGUCAAUAGAUUGUGAAGGAGCACACCUGAUUGCUUGUUAUGUCUGUGUUAGCAGUGUACACUGAUCUCUUUGUAGCAAAGCGUCUUAAUGAUUUGGACGUCAGUGACAUUUAUCGACCUGCAUAUGUCUGUGUUACACUUCUACCUUUGUGCUGUUUGUCAUGAAGGGAUUUAUUAUUGAAGCACCUCUCUCAGACGAGUGAUGUACAGUUUAAUCAACCAUGAAUUUAACACAAAACCUAAGAAAUUAUUUAGAAACCUGACUCCAGGAGCAAUUUAAAAAGAUUAGGACCGUCUGUCCAGAUCACUCUCAAAAAUCAAACAGUGUGUCAUCUCCUGCUGGCAAGUGUUUCAACUAAAUUUGAAUAAUUAUCUCAGCACAUUGUCAGUAUUCCUGCUGUCAGUAUUUUGUCUCUGGACACUGGAGUGUCACACUACUGCCACCUACCUACCACUGCUGGAACGGCGACUCUACUGAGCGUCAGUCAAACCGUUGAUCUGAAAACGUUUUGCAUUCACGAGGCUCGCCAUGUCGUAAAUUUAUAUUUACAAGAGUGACACUGUGCUCACAGAAGUUGAAGUUUUUGUUUUGGAGCGUUGAUGGCUGUAAAUACCUUCUCUUUGACUGCACACGUGCCUCUGUUAUAGCUACAUAUUUAGGAUGUGCUCAGCAAACGUGGAGUUCUUACAAGUGUGUGCGUUCAUGUGUGUGUUUGUGCGUGUGUGUGAGAGAGAAUGAGAGAAGGAGAGAGUGAAAAAAAAAGAACACAACGAAGAAAAGAGAAAAUGCUUUCCCAAAUGUCAAAUUGUGAUGCAGCCGACAGGUCGCGGGCUCCACGUUGUCCUCGUCUUCUUUUAUACAACAUGACAUGUAAACUCACAGCAACAGUGUCAACGUCACAUUUGUAAUAAAUAAAUAUUUGUACUGAC